AUGCGGUUUUCGUUUCCAUUGCUUGGAUUCACACUAAUUCUCAUGCUGGCAAUGCCGCCGCGCAAUUUCGCGUCGCCAAAAAGCGCACAUCGACGACGACGUCACGACUAUGAUGAAUUGAUAAGCGACGACGAGACUGAUUACGAGAUGAUCGAGCAACAACCGCCGCCCGACGUGUUCAGCGAAGAGGAGCGGAAUGUCGUUUGGCAGAAUCCCGAGCAUCCCGAACGACGCCAAGGGCGCUACAUAGACGAUGAUCAAACGGAAUUUGUGCGCACUGAAACAUCGGAUCAAGUCUACAAAAAACUUCGGACGUAUAUCUGUCCGAUUUCCCGCAUGUUUGUCGGCGACAUACCACAAGACAUGUCGACAAUGACGGAUGAGGCGCAUUUUCUCCAUCGAACCUGCUCAUCAUUACACCAUAUCAUUCUAAGAUGUUGCCGACUGCUAGCCAAGGAUUACGGUGCAGGUGCUUUGCCGAGGCAAAUCGAAUGCUAUUCAUGCAUGUCACUGUCAUACCAAACAAGCUGGAAAUACUUGCAGACGACGUAUAUUUACCCAAAGGUAUUCACGGACCGUUGUAGGGACCCGAGCAGUGAAAGAGGAAUGCCUACGGUGAUGUGUAGUAGUGUUUGCGUUUCUUUAAUGGAACCAGAUAUCGAAGCAGGUGUAUUUAUUGGAUUCAAACACAUUCGAGGAUGCCUCGAUCGCAUACUUCGACAUGGCUUCAAUCAAUCCGCAUUGCGAACACAUCGAUUUCAUCAAAAUAAUCAAUGUCGAACUCUUAGCCGGUCUGCUCUUUUUAAUCCAGCUCGAGCAACGGAUCCACCAGCAAUUGGAGAUGUGCAGCUGUGCUCAUGCAUGGAUGAUGCAUAUAUUAAUCAACCUUCCACAUCAAACUGCCUUGAACAAGAACAGAAAAACGAUACUGUUAUUGAAUAUAUCGACGAUCAAGGAAAUAGCGUUAUUUUUGACGCUUCGACAUCGACUGUUUUUGUCGACGCUGAUGGAAAUACUGUAAUCUGUACAGAGUCAUUUGAUGAUUACGCGCAAAAUGUUGUUCAAGAGGAAAUUGUUGGAAUGAACUCAAAUAAUGAUAUGCCAAACGAAGUACUAUUAACUGCUAACAGCCUGAAAUCAAAACCGGUCCUUGAAUGCAAAUCUGGUGUUUCAAGCAAGAAAGAUUUGUCAGUUAAUCGAACAAUUAAUAAAGACGGAUCUCUUCUCAACAAGAAUUUACCGGAUAUGAAAAACAUGUUUAACGUUAUUUCUCAAUCCGCCAUGCGAAAAGUUGAGAAUGUUUUCAAUUCGAACGUUGACACAACGACAGAAUCUGCAUCGGAAACCAAGGACAUUUAUAAUUCGUUUCUCGACGGUGAAGGAGAAAAAGAACUUGAUAUGAACAAUAUGGAAAUGGAUUUAACGGUGACGCAAGAGCCGAUGGAGAAGUAUCGGCCAUUGGGAUCAAGAAUUUAUCACGAAGAUUGGCCGUUGUAUUGUAGAGAAUCCAUUGAUUUCAAGUCCGCUUGCGAAAUUUUGACCGGUGCUCGAUUUAUACCCGAAGAGCUCAUUUGCAAAACGUUUCCUCAAAAUUUUCAACAAGAAGGAACUUUUAUAAUUUAUGGAGAAUCGAAUCAUUUGCCGGUUACGUCUGACAAUCUUGGGAAAUGGGGAUCACCUUGUGGAAAAAUUCGAUUUUACAAAAAAUCCGACGAUGGAAAAGUGAUUCGAGUUGAUGAUGGUAAAGGGAAUUUGAAAGAAUGGGCCAAAGAUUUCACCUAUCGUGUAUCUCUGAAAAAAUACGAACAUGUGCUAACAAAAAAGUCGAGAGAAAACGGCAAAGGAUUCUACGAGAAAAAAGAACAUCCAUGGGAUUUCACACAUCUUGUAACUCAAAACAAAUUCAACCAUUCGAAAUUGAUGGAAUCCAAUAACAUGGAAUCUGAAAAUCCAAAUCGCGAAAUAACGCGAAUUCCAAAGACCGCUUGCGCAUUUUUUGAAGGCUUCCCAUUGUAUUCAACGUCUCCAUUAGAAUUCACCGAAGCUGCCAUGAUUCUUAUCGGAGGAACUACUAUAGAUGCCAAUAAAAAAUGCGAAGCGGUUCCUGUGGGAUAUCGUGAAAAUGGAACAUUCGUCAUUGAUUUGAAACGACUAUCAUUUAAUAUUCUGGAAAUUCGCCGUGAUGCAAACGGACAAUGGUCGAAGCCGUCAGGGCAGAAUCGAUAUUACAAAUUCGACACUAAUGGUGAUGCGAUAAGAGUUGAUCGCAGCGGAAAACUGAUGAAGGGAAUUGAAUAUGACAUAAAAGUGCUAUGCAAAAGAUAUGACAAUCUUGAUGCCGACAAAAAGUUUGUGCGCAAAAUUUACACCGCUAGCACAAGAGCCGGACUAAUGUUCGAAGGAUCGCCGAAUGUCGCAGUUUUGUCGUAUAUGUGGAAAAGUGAGCCAAUACCAUUUGUGGCGACGGGCGCUCAAAAUAAUGUAAUUGCGAAUUCGAAAGACUGCAAAAUGAUCAUCGACGAGGAUGAAUUCAUUGAUCCCGAUUUAGAUGAAGAAUGCGUUCAAGUUGUGAAACUGAAUGAGCCGUCGCGAUCUCGAAGAAGACUUAAAAGGCCGAGAUUUGAAUCAGGCGAAUCGGAGACACGAAUAUUAGUUAACGAUGAUUCGAAUCAAGUCGAUGGAUCUCUUCUCGAGUUGAGGCAUACAUUAAUCAAAAAUGAAUUUGAAAAUCAGGCACGAUUAGCUGGAAUUUUGGACCGAGCCGAACACUUACUAAAUAGUAUUGAACAACGAUUCGUUGAGCCCGAAAUAGACAUCUAUCAGCCUAAUCGCCAUCAAGAUGAUCUCAACAACUCGUGGACUGAGCCUAUAAUUGAAGAAGAAGUUGUAUCAUGCACUGCUGACAAUUUUCAAUAA